GGGGGGGGGGGGGAGCGAGAGCGCAAUCGGAAAUCACUUCACUCUCACAUAGGCUAUCCACAGUAUACAAGCGCGCGGUGAGCUGCGGCACUGAUGAUGAGAGCACGCGCACUGGACGCUACCGGACAUAGCCUUGGACGAUUUUUCUGUUUUCACUUUUAUGCACAGACAGUUGUUGACUGAAGGUCUACGUUUUGAAGGAUGUUGUCGUGUGAAAUUAGAGGUGUCGGGAUGCUUUGAGUCCGGUCCGGAGUACCGCUGGUUCGGGGUUUCCUUUCGUGCGCAAGGAGAGGACACUUCUCUCUGAUGUGCGUAACCACCAUCAGCCAAGUUGCGCGCUCUUAUUUUCUGACGUGACACUUUUUGCUACAGUUCUACAGGACCAGAAAAGGGUGCUGUCUUUUGUAUCGAAAGGAUUGCGGUGGUGCUGAAUUUUGGAUAUCCAAAAGCGCUUGAUUUGUAGCGUGCAAAGCGUUCAAGAGCAGCUACAACUAAGAGGAGUAACUAUCCAUUAAGUAACAGACUGAUGAUGUGCCAGAGUGCCAAUGCGAUGUGGUCACGGUGGAGUGCCAUGCUAGUGUGGAUUUUCCUCCUUCUCUGUUGCUCUGCAGAUGUAGUCAGCACCAUCAUCUACCAGGUGACAGAGGAGCAGCCGCCCAACACACUGAUUGGCAGCUUGGCAUCUGACCAGGGCUUGCCAGACACCGGUCACCUUUACAAGCUCGAGGUCGGCGCCCCUUUCCUGCGUGUGGAUGGGAAAACAGGGGAUAUCUAUACUACAGAGACCCCGAUAGAUCGGGAGACUCUCAAGGACUGUCGCAACAUUUUUGAGGGCGAUCCUUGUUUCCUAGAAUUUGAGGUGUCUAUUACAGACCUGAUAAAAGGCACAGGACCUCGGCUCAUCGAAGGCCGCAUCGAGAUCUUGGAUGAGAACGACAACACUCCACAGUUCUCUUCACCUGUCUUGACAUUGUCGAUCCCAGAGAACACACACGUGGGUGCGCUAUUCCAAAUUCCUGUGGCCACCGACAGGGAUUCUGGAAGCAAUGGCAUCGCCGAUUACGCACUAACGACUGGCCCUGAAGCUGCCAACCUUUUCAGCCUGCAGGUGGCGCAGGACUCAGAUGAGAAAUUGCCACAACUCAUUGUAUUGGGAAACCUGGAUAGAGAGCAGCGAGAUUCAUAUGACCUCAACAUAAAAGUGAUCGAUGGUGGCUCUCCACCCCGCCAGAGUAGCGCCUUGCUCAGGAUCACCAUUACAGAUGUCAAUGACAACGUGCCCAAAUUUGAGAAGUCACAUUACGAGGGUGAGCUCCCAGAAAACAGCCCAGUGGGUCAUUCUGUUCUACAAGUGAAGGCCUAUGACUCUGACAUGGGUCCCAAUGGAGAGGUGACCUACAGCAUCCACCAGCCAUCACCAACUGUCCAGAGGCUCCUCGCCAUUGAUCGCAACACGGGCACUAUUUUUGUUAAAGGCUUGGUGGAUCGUGAAGAUAUUAGCAUGCUCAAGUUCUACGUCCAAGCUAAAGACAAUGGUCCACAAUCAAAGAACUCCAAAGCCCUUGUGACUAUUACAGUAAAGGACCAGAAUGACAAUGCACCCUCCAUCAGGAUCCGGGGCAUUGGCCUUGUGACGCAUGAUGAUGGGGUCGCUAACAUAUCAGAGGACAUGCCUGUAGGCACAGCUGUGGCUUUGGUGGAGGUAUCAGAUCAUGAUGAAGGUGAAAAUGCAGUUGUGACCUGUGUGGUCGCAGGGGAUGUCCCAUUCCAACUGCGUUCAGCUAGCGAAACAGGCAAUGACCGCAAGAGGAAGUACUUCCUCCAGACAACCAUGCUACUGGACUAUGAACGGAUAAAAGACUACAGGAUUGAAAUUGUAGCAGUGGACUCUGGCAACCCUGCACUAUCCAGCACAAAUUCCCUGAAGGUGCAAGUGACUGACAUGAAUGACAACUCCCCAGUGUUCUCACCUUCUUUGUAUGAGGUAGAAUUUGCUGAGGAGAACCAGCCAGGUGAUAAGGUUCUGGAUGUGGUAGCCACAGAUGCCGACAGCGGGACUAAUGCAGAGCUGAUAUACACUAUCACUGGUGGAUCAGUCCCCGAGGGGCUCUUUGAAAUUAACCCUAAAACAGGAGAAGUGCGUGUCAUUAGCCAGUUGGACCGUGAAAAAAUAGAUCACUAUCAAUUUCUAGUUGCAGCAGCUGAUAAAGGUGUACCAAGCUUGAGAGGAACUGCCACUGUUGUCAUUAAGGUGCUCGACAGGAAUGACAAUGACCCUAAAUUUAUGCUUAAUGGUUAUAGCUUUUCAGUCCAAGAAAACAUGCCGCCCCUUAGUCCUGUAGGAAUGGUAACAGUCAACGAUUACGACAAGGGCGAGAAUGCUCGUGUUCAACUUUCUGUAGAACCAGACAAUGGCAAGUUUAUGAUUCAAAAUGGAACGUACACUAUACUUUCGACUAUUUCCUUUGACAGGGAAAAGGAGAGCACCUACAGUUUCCGACUUAAAGCUGUUGAUGGAGGUGAUCCACCACGUUCUUCCUAUGUUGGCAUUACCAUUAAUGUUCUUGAUGAGAAUGACAAUGCUCCAUACGUCACCAAGCCCUCAAACUCUUCAUACAAGUUCUUGGAUCCCCGCACAAGCCCAGAAACACAUGUUGAAAGUGUUAAGGCAGAGGACAUGGACAUCGGUUUAAAUUCAGAGAUGGAUUUCAGUAUAGUAGGGGGCAACCCACAUGGAUUGUUCCGCAUCUCUACAGAAGGUGAGAUUACAUUGGCUAAAGAGUUCACAUCGAAACACAUUGGUCUCCACCGUCUGGUAGUAAAAGUUAAGGACAAAGGCACGCCGGCACGCCAUACGACUGCACUGGUUCAUGUCUACGUCAAUGAGACCAUUGGCAAUGUCUCCCAUAUCGAAGCACUUGUUGGACACAGUCUUUAUACGCCACUUGAAAUGGACAUAGCAGGAGAUCCUGAUUAUUCUCGAGACCAGCAUAGUAACAUUCUUUUUGCAGUCUUGGGUGGCUUUUGUGUGGUCAUUCUUAUCAUUGCAGUGGCUAUGAUCAUCAGGCAUGUCGUGCUAAAGGAGAAUAAAAGUGGCUACCAGGCAGGCAAGAAGGAGACCAAAGACCUCUAUGCCCCCAAACCAGGACCUAAGAGCAACAAGAACAAGAAGGCAAAGAAAAGCAAAGCUCCAAAGCCUGCCAACCCAUCUGAAGAGGAUGAGGGGGGGAGUCUUCAGAAAGGCCUAAAGUUCAACCACAUGAAUGAAAGCAUCAACGAUAGCCCUAGGAUUCACCUGCCGCUCAACUACCCCCCUGGGAGCCCAGACCUAGGGAGACACUAUCGGUCUAAUUCUCCUCUGCCAUCCAUUCAGCUCCAACCUCAGUCACCUUCUGCCUCAAAGAAACACCAGGCAGUGCAGGACUUGCCAGCAACCAACACCUUUGUAGGAACCGGUGACAACAACUCAACAGGCUCGGACCAGUAUUCGGAUUACAGCUACAAGGCCAACUCUUCAAAAUAUAGCACCAAACAGCUCCCGCAUCGCCGAGUGACCUUCUCCACAGCCAAUCAGGCGCAAGAUCUGCAGGAUCCCUCUCAGCACAGUUACUAUGACAGUGGUCUGGAAGAGUCAGAGACACCCAGUAGUAAGAGUUCUUCAGGACCCCGUAUCGGGCCCCUCGCCCUGCCUGAAGACCACUAUGAACGCACAACCCCAGACGGCAGCAUCGGGGAGAUGGAACAUCCUGAGAACGAUCUGAGGCCUCUACCUGAUGUGGCCAUGACUGGAAAAUGCACACACGAGUGUACGGAAUAUGGCCACUCGGAUUCCUGCUGGAUGCCUGGACAGCCCUCACCCAACCGCACCAAGAGUGCCAAGAGUGGGUCCAAGCUCUCCACCUUCGUGCCUUACCAGGAGAGGGAGUGUCAGGAGCGCCUGAUGGCUGACAGCAGCUCUAAGCCUCACGGAGAGGAGCGGAGUGGAGGCGGGAGCAACAAAGUGGCCAGCAUUCGCUUUUUGCCUCCCUACACUAGUGCCUAUUCUACUGUCAGCGACUCCAGCAAGGACAGCCCCCGGGAGGAGAUCCCCCUGAGUCAGACAGCUGAUUACGUCCCUGCCAAUACACCCUCUAGCCAAGGCUCCAAAAGAGAAAUCUACCUGUGAUUCACCUGUUGUUCGCCUGUGUUUGAUUCCACAUUCGAUCCAAUUUACUUGUGAUCAGCAAUGCCUUUGAGAGAAUAAAAGGCCUCGUUGUCAAAACACCUGCUAAUUCUACCACACCGCCAGAUCCCGAUUUACUCAGUCAUCUCCAAUCCCCUCAGCCAUAAGCCUAAUUAUUGACACAAAGCAGCUAGACACCUUCUUUAAAACCCUCUAGGUUUUAUACAACCCUGUGCAUUGUUAGAGGCUCUGGAAGCCAAAUAGAUAUGAAGAGAAUAAUUAGAAAAAAAGAGAAAAUAAUUUAGUGAAUAUGAAAUGAAGUACACAAUCCCCAUGUAAACUUCUAAUGAAAGAAUGUAAGGACAAUUUUUAAGUGUACUUUGUGAUCAUUUAAUGUCAAGGUUAUAUUCCUAUUUUAAUCCGAUUUCUUCACAGAUUUUUUUUUUAUUAUUAUUGUUUUUUUUUUUUUUUAUUAUUGUGUAUAUAUGUAUUACUUAUGAUCGGACUGUAGUUAUGCUUAUCUAAAACUUAUAUACAUCCAAAUAAUACUUUAGUUUUUCUUCUGUGUGUAACUACUAAGCCAGAAGAACUGGCGAACCAAAUCCUGGCAAUCCAAGAAGGAUAUACAUUCUCAACGUGUAUACUUUACUAAAGAGAAAACAUUCACCUUUCUUUAAGCACUGAAGGGUAACUGUUUCUUACCUUUGUCUUUAUUUUUCAUAGGAAACUCUUUUCUUAAUGUACAGUGAUGUAAAUAUUUCACGUCUGAUGAACCAGUUUUGAUUUAUGAUUUAGCUGAACAGACUCUUGAAGUCACGGCUUCCUUCUGUUGAUAAUAGUAGAAGGGACAUUGUUCAGAGGAUUUGCCUCCCUGUCAGUAAAAGAAGGACAACCGUUUGGACCAUGGAAUGCUAAAGAUAAUCCACGUUAUGAGCCUCUGCCGUCUAAGUACUUGGGACUCGAGUGAACACAGAAUUUGGGGCAACAUCCAAGGGAAACAAAUGAACUGAAGCAGGUUUGCAUGAUGCCAUUUGUCAUUUUGGACAAAUUUGAUGGGCUUCAUCAGUUCCCACAGGAAGCUCUCUCAGUGACGUUUCCUCUGUAAUCCUCUCUUACUUCAGAAGACUAUCCAAAUGAAGCUGAGGCUUGAGGUGAGUUGCCUUUGGAAGAGCUUUUUUCAACCCAUCCCAUCCGUAAGGAGGAGAAACAACUUUCACAGUACAAAAAAAAAAAAAAAAAAAAAAAAAAAAAAAAUUCUAUAUAUAUAUAUAUAUAUAUAUAUAUAUAUAUAUAUAAUUGUCCAUGUGCUUUGCAAUAGCCUAUUUGUUUCCGGACAUGUCAAACUCUGUUGUGUAGAUGUGUGGUUUUGUCAGAGAUUUUGGCUCUGCUCUGUGGUGGGUCUGACCUGGUCAAAUUGAAUGCUUAUAACAAGUAGACGGGUUCAAAAAUCGUAACAGCAGUCAUUUUCUCGUGUUUGACUACAUUAAAGUUGUAUUCAACAAAUUCAGUAUAUUCUAAAACAUCUGAGAUUAUGUUUGAAGUGUGCUUUGAACGUAUGACAUAGGACUCCUGCAGCGACCUUAGAAACGCCUAAAUCUCACUAACCUAUUACCGCACGAGUCACCAUGGCGCUCACCUAACCAGGACACUUUUGAUGGAAAUGUCCCAAAAUGAAAGCGAGGUCUUUCAGAAAGACUUUACAGGAAGUUCAUUGACGGUUACUGACGGUAACAGGGAUUGCAUCAGUUGGGAUGCAGGUCAGCAAAAGUUAUGAUGAGUAUUCAAGGACUGAGCUACACACAAUAAGUGCUCUUUAAUUUACAUCAUAUCACACAGCAACUUCGCAACUUAAAUCCAACUCUUCACCAUGGAUGAUUUUGCCAUUUACUUUAUAGGUGUUGAUUCUGUGUUCACAGAGCUCUGUGCUUGGGGUGUAAUAUUUGAUAGUAUUUUGAAGUCUUUUUUAAAAGAACAGAGAAAGGAACGAGUGCUUACGGCUGGUUUGUCAGGUCAUGGACAUUUGGUGUGACACUUCCUUUUGUCUGUGUGAAGUUAUUUAGUACAAGACCGACCUUUCAUUUGAACACUGGCAUACUGAACACCUGACUAAGGACUUGACUAAGUAAAUAAGUUGUAAUUCCAAUUUGACAGGGUAUUUGGUCUCU